AUGAAUUCGCCAGGGAGAUGCUCUGGGACGGUGUGUCUUCACGAUAAACUUAUUUCACUUGUUGGCGCGGGUCCCGAGGUGGAGAUAAGGUGCGCCUCACCAGACUCUGCAGCCCUUACUGGUUUACACCGCGCUGGGACCUUUACAUCAGAACUUCUGGAUUUACUGCUUAGUCAAGCAGCUAGUGGAAACCAGGAUGUGAAAAACACACCUCCAGACUUCAACUCGGAUAAUGCCACAAUUAUUGAGGUCAUGUUAUAUGUAGACAGUAUCGAUUCUGUCAACGAAGCAGAAAUGGAUUUCACCAUUGGCCUUUUGUUGCAUUUGCAGUGGCAUGAUGAUCGCCUUGUGAAAUUCAAUUUAAAAAAGUUCUUUGGAAAUUUAACGUUUUUAGAAUUUGACUCUCAGAAUAUAAAAAGGAUUUGGGUCCCGGACGUUUUCUUUCCCAAUGAAAAGAAAGCUUCAUUCCAUGACGUCAUGAUGGCCAAUCAGAUGAUGCGUCUCUACCGCGAUGGCAAGAUAAUGUAUAUUUCAAGAUUGUCCGUGACGUUGAGCUGUCCGAUGAACUUGAGGAAUUACCCAUUUGACAAGCAGAUGUGUUCCUUGCAGAUCAUGAGCUUUGGUUAUACAGAAGACAAGCUGAAGUUCAACUGGAUGAAUAGCUCCGGAAACAGCCCAGUGAUCGUCAACAAAAUGGUGGAGCUACCACAGUUUGAAGUAAACGGCCAGGAACCAAAUUUCUGUCAUAUAAUGUACCAUCAAAAUACAGGAAAACACAGCUGCCUCCAAGCCAACUUCUUUCUGUCCCGGAACAUCGGCUACUACGUCGUUCAGAUGUACAUUCCCAGCAUCCUCAUCGUGACGUUGUCGUGGAUAUCCUUCUGGCUGACGGUCAACUCGGUGCCAGGUCGAAUCUCAUUGGGCGUCCUCACGGUGCUCACCAUGACGACCCAGAGUUCAGGGGUCAACGCCUCGCUCCCGCGCGUGUCCUACACCAAGGCCAUUGACGUGUGGAUGUCCACGUGCCUCGUGUUCGUGUUCGCGGCGCUGCUUGAGUUCGCCAUCGUGAACGUUCUCAGCAGGAAAGACACUCUUUCGGGAUUCUCUAUAAGAAACUUAUUCACUAUUCCUAGAGAUAUAGAGAAUGGAAAUUUAACAGAGGUCCAGUUACCGCUAGAAGGAAGUCCAUCAGAUCGACCAGACAAAGUGGACUCUUUCUCCCCGUCCAGGAGACGGGGCAGAAGAGGAAUAGUUAUCGCAAUGUACAUGGAUGUCGCUUCUAGGAUAUGUUUUCCCGCCGCCUUUUUCCUCUUUAUCUUGUGCUACUGGAUUUAUUAUACCAUGCUGUGAAAGGAAUAGCAACGCAACACCUCGACAUGCGAGAAGUUUACAGUUGAGGGCAAAAUAUGCUGUAUGAGAGUUUAUAGCAUAGUAUGGCAAUUUCCAUUGCUUUCAGUUUAUCGACACUCGGUGAAAAGCCAUUUGCUAGAAGUUACAGACAGUAAAAUUUAAGUCCCUGGUUGAUUGGUUAUUUGUUGGUGUUAGUGGGGGGUUGGGGGUUUGAGGUAUUACAGGAUAUAGAGUUCUGGCAAUGAGAUAAACAAUUAGACCCUUACCUUGCAAUGGUUUAUUAAGAAAUGUCUGCUUUCUAGAUCGUGUUCAUGAUAUGAGUGUUGAUUUGUUUUAAUGUAUCAGUCGUUAGGAAAAUUAUUAAUUUUUAAAACAUAACAAAACCCCACAAAAUUAAGUUUACAAAUGUAUCCAAAGAAGUAAAAAACACAAGGUAGCGGACCCUACCUUCGCUACAUUCAAGGCCAGUGUGUGUUUGUUUUCCAUUAACAUAAACUGCACGAUGAUGACAUAACAUUAAUUGCUGCUGCCGCGAUGUGAACCUUCGUACGUGCAGAUUUAGUUUGUGGACUGUGUGAUCAUUCAAAGGCAUUAACUCAUUUCUUUUAUGAGACCAUAUGCUAUGGUCAGGUCUAAUGCGAGGUGGAAACCUUGUGUGCAUACUGUAAAGGUGCAGAUGACCCAAGUGGUCGCAUGCUGGGAGAGUUAACUGAAACGAAAUUCUGCCAUACCGUAUUAGUCGAUGCUGCUGGAAUUGUUUUCAAAGUGAUUUUGUGCGAAAAUGUGUAAAUCUAGAAAGAUAUUAAAGAGAUUUGUAUUUCACAGUAAAUUAACAGAUUGCGAAUAUGAUAUUUAAUAUAUAUAUAUAUAUUCAUGUUCUACAAAAUCAUGUGCUGUUAUACGGACAUGUUUUGCAUAACUAAUAUAUCUGUUCAUGUAAUAUAUGUACAUUUAUAUAUUUAUGUAAUUUAGUUAUAUGCACCUUUAACUUAGUGUAUAUCUGUUUUGUAUAUACUUUUUAUUAAAAAAAAACAAAGAGUUUCAAGACAAUAAUUACAUACAAUUGGUUUAAUUGAUUAUUAUGCCGUGUAACACUGUAACACAUAUUUUCGUGGAAGUCAACUGUAACGUUCACGCAUAUAUGUGUGGAAGUUAAAUGUAAUGUCAACUACAUUUCAUGGAAAUCAUGAUAACAUCUUUACACAUUCGUGGAAAUCAUUGUAACAGCUAUUCGUGGAUACUAGUGUGAAGCCUGAUCUGCAUUCUGCCAGACCGAGCAGGAAAGACGUCCGCUAGACUGGUUUAUGCGCUUCACAGUAAACUAAAUGGCCACAUCGGGAACCACUGAACCAGUCAAAUAGUUCGCGAACGUCAGCGAAACGUUUGCUGGCUGAGCUUGGAGCUACUCAUAUUCGUGGCAAUCAUCACAGCGUUUACACUUGUUUAAGUGAAAAUCAUCUUCUAUAUAUGUUCAUAGAAUUAAUAUGUUUCGUCCAUACGUAAGUUCCUGGAAACAAAUAUGUGACGUCCAUACACACUAUGGAGGGAUGAGAACUCUGUGCAAAGGAAUGAUAACUACGUGUUUUUGUUUGUUUGUUUUGGCCGCCAUAAGAUGCCAUUAGUAACUGUUGGAUUGAAUUAUACACCUCCACGACUGUUAUGCAUACGCCAUUUGCAAUGGUAGAGAGUACUUCAGGGAAAGACGACUCUAUACUAAACGCAGACAACUCUGAGUUGUUUAUAUAUCGCAAGAUACAAACGGCAAUUGUUUGGUUUAAAUUUACAUGUGCAUACGUGUUAUAUUGUUAUUUUAUCUUAACGACUUUUGUGCUAUGACGAUUCACAUCUUUCAUUUACGAUACUUUUACUUGUUUCUACCUUGUAUAUUAUCAAGGGUUCUUUCUUCAAUUACAGGUCAUAUUGGUCAGUAACUCGACUGAAAUUCGAAUGGAAUAUAUCAAAUUAAACUCUGUCUUUAAGGCAUAUUUAUGUGUAUGCAUGCAUGCUCUGUUAGGAAUCAACGGUGGAUUCGAUUGAAUACUUCAAAUCAGUUUUGUAGAUAGUAUCAUCUGUGGACAGUGAAUCCUAUUGCAUAUUAUAGCUGAAUCUCUGUGGUGGAUACAUUUUACGAAUUACAGUUUUGUGGAAGACCUUGUUAUGAAAAUAUUUUUCGUUUUUCCCUACCAUACAAGCGGCAGUAUCUUCACUUAAAUGUGCUACAAAGCGUAAUAGCGUUUUCUUGGAGGAUAACGUCAUGUAUAACCGUUUUAUAGAAGCUACUACUUUUAAUAUUAAACGUGAUCUUACUCCUAAUGAUCAGAAUUAUGUUCAGUUAAUUAUUUUAUACAGGUGGAUCUUUCUUCGAAAAUAACUGAAGGAUUAACGAUUGGCAGUUUUAUGGAAGAUAUUAUCGUGCAUAUUAUCCGUGGUCUCGCUAUCAGAAAUAUGUUCUUGUAAUGUGUUACAUAAAAAUACACCUUUCGUGGAAAACAAUUUCAGGAAUAACAGUUUUAUGGAAGACAUUACGGUGAAUAUUACGUGUAGUCUCAGUUCAUAAAAGCGGCAGUCAGGCCGUUAAACUACGUUACUAUGUACGGAUGUAUUGACUCCGGCAGAGAACACAGUUUCAAGAAUGAUGCUUUCAUGGACGACGUUUGAACGGACGUUCCUUAUAGAAGUAAAAAUCAGUUGCCUGAAAUAUAUCGCACAAAUGUUCGGCAUUUAUCUUUUAAACGUAACUGUGUAGAUGACAGAUUUAUGGAAAACACUGUUGUCAAUAUAUACUGUUUUAAAUAGAAUUGUUGCAUCUCUAAUUAUAAAUAAUUGUAUGGAAUGGAACUGACUCGAAUGUGUAAUUAGGGUACGCAUCUGUCUUGGUGUCGGUUUAAGUUCAUUACCGAAUCAACUGUGACUGGUGUGUUUGUUUGUAGUGGGAAAACACGCAUACACGUCAUUUCCGUGCAUCGUUAGGCAACUAGAGCAAAACAAGUAAUGGUUUGUACAUAACUAUAUGGGUAUAUAGAGCAUCAACAUGACGUACAGUAUAUCCGUAGUAAUAAGGUACAAAGCGGUUUGUGAAGAUCCUAAUUUCCAAAGAAAAAACAUUUGCUAGUUACAGUUAUUUAAAAAACACACAGAAAAUCCUCGAUAGUAUACCGUAAUGGUUGAUUGACUAUUCUCAGCAUACAGUAAUGUUUUCUUGUAGGUAUACGCAGUAUACUGUACUGCUUAAUUAUAGACAUACACCGUAUACUGUAAUGCUCCAUUAUAGGUAUACACAAUAUAGUGUAUGCUUAAUUAUAAGCACAUGCAGUAUGCUGCAAUACUUAGGCCUAAUUAUAAUUAUAUGCCAAUGCAGUGUACUGUAAUGUUUUGUAAAUCAUAUUAAGUUUAUGUGCAUUUUCAAUCCCUGUCACAACAAACAGUGCAGACGAUUCAUUCUAAUCAUGGAGGUAUGAGCUCAAUCGCUUGUUUGGGGUUUCUUUUCUUUUUUUCUUUCUUUCUUUUUUUUUUUUUUUUUUUUUUUUUUUUUUUUUUUUUUUGUGGGAGGCUUACAGUAAAUGAAGGUUCUGUUAGGAUAGGACAGAGACCAGUGUAAUUGUUCGCGAGCUCUCGACCUCCACAAAAAGCCUGUUGAGCAGAGAGCGAUCGCGGUCUUCUUAGGCUGGUAUUUGCGUAUUUGACAGAAGGCAAUGGUACCAGUCAAGUUCGCGAGCACUCGGCCUCCAGAACACGCCAAUGGACUCAUCUUUCUGUGAUUAGAAUAGAUCGUCUGCACUGACAUCUGCACCACACACACGCAUGCGUAACGUGAUUUAUUUAUCCUGUUAGUGCUGCAGAUCUGUCCAAGGUUCACACCGGAAAUUAUCUCGAAUUAGCUAAUGUUCACACAUUUCACGUGUGUUUUGUUACUUAUUGACAAAAUUUGUCAUUUAAUGGUGAUUUAUGUUCAGUGCCAUUAGCUGUACAUGUAUAACAGGUUACCCGAACAGAGCAGAACACAAUAAAACAGAACUUUAUUACACUCGGAUAAUGUUAACAAUUACUAGUUAAAUUUACCAAUUAGCAGACCUUGACGUGAAAACAAUUGAGGAGAGUAAUUAAUUGCUCCCCUACCUCCGAUUAUGGGUAGUCAUUUAAGAUUUUACCAUAAAUUUAAAUUAAAAAUGCCAAGAGGAGCUAAAAAUCACUCUUCUGGAACUAAUCUCAAGGGAGUGAUGGAGAGCGGGAGUGAUAUCUGAAUUAGGCAAAUGGAAGGGUAAGCUUUAAAGCAGAGACUGCUCUUACGGUAAAAUGUACUGUGAUAUUUAUAUUUGGGAUUAUGGUAUUGUAUAGCUUUACUGUCUUGAAAAAGCCACUGGGAAGUUUUGGGGUUUCUUGCCAUUGUUUGAAGCCAGUGGCGGAUCCAGAAAAUCCAUUUAAGGGGGAGGGGCGCAAUGACAUGAGGCGGAAUGCCAAGGGAACUUUUGGGGAGGCUUGGAGAGGCAUCGUAAAAAAAUAAAUAAUAUAUAAUAAAAUUAUAACUUUAUUAUUAUUUAGGGAUGGGUGGACCCCUAGCCCCCCCCCUCCCCCGUAGAUCCGCCUCUGGAAGCAUAUAAAUUUGGGAUUUUUAAUAUGCCAAAAAUAGAUUGUUUUCUGUUGGCAGUUAUUAUUGAGCUCUUCUUACAAAUGACUGCACUAAAACUAUAUUUCCGGAUGUCAGAUCGCAUCUGCUCUGAGGAUGAAUUACCAUCGUUAAUACUUUGGGGAUAUUUUCUCAGAAUAGUUUUGUAUCGCUGACACAUUCGACAAUAAUUUACAGUGAAUAAUAAACUGAUUUAGGCUUUUGUCAUGAAUAUAAAACAUACCUAAAAACAGACUCCACCUUUUUUUUUUCUUAUUGGAGCGGGACGUAGCCCAGUGGUAAAGCGCUCGCUUGAUGCGCGGUCGGUCUAGGAUCGAUCCCCGUCGGUGGGCCCAUUGGGCCAUUUCUCGUUCCAGC